GUGAAUUCGGCGUUCCGAGUUACCGCGAGCGCUAGCCUACUUAGAGUUAGCACAAGCACAAAAGCCGCAUUUAUCUCUCAUAUUUCCACCAAACAUCCUUCAAGUCAAUCGAGGAUUCAUGUCUCUGCAGGGUUUGAUUUCUGGAUCUGAAUGUGCCGUACCGCUGAACCCUCUGUCGCAAGUUCUGAAACACACAGAAGGAGACAGAAGCUUGCAACAGGAUCGUGUAGCUGGUCCUUCGUCUUCCCGACUCCAGCACCUUCCAGGAUCAGCUCCAGCUCAAGCCGCUGAACAAGAUGUUGCAAUGGCACGGCAGUUCUUCGAAGGACAACAAAGAUCAGGCGGUCCCGCUCUUGUCGCACCCCCAUAUCUACAUCCUGCAGAACUUGCUCGCAUGGCGGAAAUGAAUAGACUUCCAGAAUUCAAUGAAGCAAGGGCAAGAGAAAGAUAUCAAAAUGAUUUGACCCAAAGCUCAUGGGCAAAUGAAUUUGGUGAGGCUCAGCAACAGUCCAUCAGUGGGCCCGCCAUGCAACAUUCCGUUGCGCUGAUUCAGAUGCCUGAAACUCAGAGACAGCAAUUCAUCGGUUCACAUGGAAUGUAUGGAUCACCCAUGGGCUUGUAUGGGAACAUGGGACAGCCGUUCUUUCAGGGAUUCAAUGUCACUCCGCUGAGUGCAGACGCGAGCAAAGGGAAGGGUAAAGCUCGCGAGGCUGACUAUGAAGCUGCGUUUGCUCAGUACGCUGCCUCGUUGCAAAACCAACAAGAAUCCACCUCUAGGAUCGUUGAAUUGGACGAUAAUGCCGCUACUUUGGAGCAAGCCAUGGCGAAUGUCAAACUUGGAGAUUCUGAACUGAAGACUAACGAGGAAUUCAAAAACGUCUGGGAUCACCUGCAAAAUUCGGAUAUUCCUCCUCCAACAGAAGAUAUCGGCAAAUGGGAAGCACAAUUCAACCAGCUCAUGGGUCGGGAUCGCGAGGAGCUCGACCACGACUACUCUACAGCUAUGCAAGAAGCAUGGGGUGACGGAUUGGGAAACCCUAACGGGAGCGCCCUCGAAUCCAAGUAUAACGAUGAUGGGAUACCCAUCCUGACCGAAUAUGUGUUCGAGUCAAACAACAAAUACCUCGACCCAUCUUCGCCUAGUCGGUCACCCCUGAGCGAGGCAAAGGCUUUUUUGGAGCAGGGUGGUUCGCUAUCUGAAGCCGCCCUUCUACUCGAGGCUGCUAUCCAGAAAGGAGAGCUUGGUGAGGGCGGAUAUGAAGCAUGGAUACUCCUUGGUGAAACCAGAAACAUGGAUGAACGUGAAGACCUUGGCUUGCGUGCAUUGACCGAAGGAGUUCGCUUAUCAGAAGCCGCCAAUGCCGACGGAGCGGGCAUGCUAUCCUUGGCGAUCUCAUACACCAAUGAAUCUUACGACCGGGCUGCUUAUAACAUGCUAUUGCGAUGGUUAGGAGCCCGAUUUCCUGAUUUUCCGAUACCAGACGAAACUCGAAGGGCUGUCUCGUUGCACUCAACAUGGGACUCACAUGAGAAGCUUACGGAAACCUUCCUUACCCUGGCACGGCAGCAGUAUAAUCAGGGUAUUGUCGACCCCGAUACUCAGAUUGCUCUCGGUGUAUUAUUUUAUGGGACAAUGGACUACGAACGUGCGAAGGAUUGUUUCGAGAGUGCCUUAUCACAGCGUCCUCGGGAUUACCUACUCUGGAACCGACUAGGAUCCUCUCUUUCCAACGGGAACAAACCCGAGGAAGCCCUUGGAGCGUAUAGGGAAGCUUUGAAUUUGCGCCCUACUUACACUCGUGUUAUUUAUAACGUCGGGGUAGCGUGCCUUAACAUAGGAGCGCACAAAGAAGCAGCCGAACACUUUUUGAGCGCACUUAGUAUGCAGGAAAGCACAGGCGGUGGUCAAACUAGUGAUCAGCUAUGGUUGACCCUGAGGCGUGCCUUUAUCGCAAUGGAUCGCAACGACCUUGCGGAGUUGGUUAAGCCUGAGAGCCGCUCAAACUUAGAUGUCUUUCGGCAGCAAGGGUUUGAUUUCUAGUAAUUUGGCUAAUAUGGUAUCCGGUAGAUGCCACAUAUACAUAGACCGUAAUUGGAGCUUUGUUUGGUCCUCGCAUUUGAGAUCACCGUUGAUGAACAUGGUGCACGUGUAUUCUUCAUUCC